AUGAUCAUCUUGAAAGCAGUCAAGGACCUCACUCUGAUGAAAAAUAUCCUUUACAGGGAGCUGCCACAGUCCAUCACUGUUCUUGGAGGAGUGUUGCAUAUCCUACACAACAACUUGUGUCACCUGGAGAUCAAAUUUGCUUUUGUGUCUCUGAAAGGUUUACCAAGCUCACACUGUGAUCUCAUCAAAGAACUUGCCACUCUCAGUGGGCUAGAUAUCACAGAAUAUGGGGGUUAUAACACCUUCAUCCACUACAGCCCGGAGAAUACGGACUGGCAAGAGAAGGUGUUGCUGCUGCCAGUUUCCAUUCUGGAUGAGUCCCACGCUGAGCUCGUGGACACACACUUGCCUUAUGGAGGCAACCAGGAUAGCCUCAACCAUGUGAGAGCCUGUAUCCGCCAUCUGCCAAACCACUGUGUGAUGGAUGAGGAGGGCCGCCCCGCGUCCUGGAUGCUGUCUGAUGAGCUGUGUGAGCUGAGGAUGGCCUACACCCGACCAGAGUACAGACGAGCCGGUCACCUCCUGGCUCUGUCUCUGGCUCUGAUCCGCAGGAUGAGCUCUCUAGGUCUGCCCGUCUACUGCCACGUCAGCCAGCAUAACCAGGCCGUCAUUAAUGCUGUGACCUCACUCGGCUUCUCUGCAUGUCCCAGUAUAGAGAAGAUCUCAGUGCUGCUCAUAUGCAAGGACAGAGUCUGA